AUGGCGUUCUCAAGAACAAUGCUCUCGUCCGUCGUCUUGGCGCUCUUCUCGUUGGUAGCAGUGGGGCAGGCGCAACUGUCCACAACAUUCUACAGCAGUUCCUGCCCUACAGCAUUGAGCAUAGUACGACAACAGGUUGACAGCAUCCUUGCAUCAAAUCCAAAUCUUGCUGGAGGCCUGCAGCGCCUUCAUUUCCAUGACUGCUUCGUCCGAGGCUGUGAUGCAUCCGUACUUUUGUUCUCGGCCUCCUCAACGAAUCAAGAGAAGGACGCCCAACCAAAUCAAAACUCCUUGAGAGGAUUCCAGCAAAUUGAUCAAGUUAAUUCCGCCCUUGAGGCUGCAUGCCCGGGCGUUGUCUCUUGCGCAGAUAUACUGGCCAUCGUAGCACGUGAUGCCACUGUCAAGGCAGGAGGUCAAACCUGGCCCGUCCUUCUCGGACGCAGGGAUGGGACGGUGUCAUUAGCGUCGGAGGCCCUGGCGGCGCUCCCAUCCCCACUCCUGAACCUCGGUCAGCUGAUUCAAAAUUUUGCUGCUGUUGGACUCAACGCAUCGGACAUGAUCGUCCUCUCAGGAGCGCACACCUUCGGCAGAGCACGCUGCGGUCCCGUUCUCAACCGAUUGUACAACUUCAAUGGAGUAAAUGGACAAACAGACCCGAGCAUGGACUCGACUUUGGCAGCCAACUUGAAGAAGCAGUGCCCUCCCAACGAAGUCACGACGAUUAUCACCAUGGAUUCUUCUCCAAACGUGUUCGACCGCACGUACUAAAAGCAGGUCAUAACCAGGGAAGGACUUUUCACCUCAGAUGCUGCACUCGCCACCGACUCCAGAGCACUAGCCCUGGCGACCAGAUUAGCACAACCCGGUUCCACGUUCUUCGCCAAUUUUGCAGCUGCCAUGGUGAAGAUGAGCAGAAUCCAAGUGUUG